GGAGGGGCGGAGCCUGGACGGCGGGAUCCGCGGUGCGGGGCCCGCGCCCACGGAGCGGCGCCCGGCGCGGUGGGGUCUCCCAGGCGGGCCGCGCACUGGCAAUCGGGCCCUCGGACAAGAUGGUGCGUUCCCCGGGAGAGGAGAGUGGGGCUACUCCCCCGGGCGGCCCCGGCGAGGCACACGGAGCUCCCACCCCGCCGGGAAAAAGGCGGGGGCGGUCAGGCCGCACUGUCUCUUUAAGACCGUGUUCCCGCUAACACCGACGAGCUCCUGGAGCGGGCAGUGAGACUAAGCAAGGCCAAGUUCCAAAGGGAGGAGAGUCCCUCCACCUGGCUUCAGCGCCCACACGGCAUAGUCCUUCGUAAUCUCGUAAUCUCGGAAUGAAAACAGUCCUGGGUCCGUACUCUGGAAGCCUAAAUACCACCCACACCAUGUGGAAGGAAAGCAGAAAGACUGAGUGGCACAUCUUGCUGACCCCAUUUCUCCCAGACCACCUCCUGGGCAGACCCUUGCUCUGUCCAUGCCCAGCUCUGUGAGCUUUCUGUUUGUCCUGAGUACCUUCCAGGAUCUGGGGUUCCAGGGCUCUGGGGAGUACGCACUGGAGAGCAGAUGAAUCCCGAAGAUCACCACUGACUCCCACCCUCCUAACUUCUCCAGAUGCAGAGGCCUCCAUGGCUGUGAUAAGCCUUCUGUUCCUGGCAGUGAUGUAUGUUGUUCACCACCCCUUGAUGGUCAGCGACCGGAUGGACCUGGACACACUAGCCAGAAGUCGGCAGCUGGAGAAGCGGAUGAGCGAGGAGAUGCGCCAGUUGGAGCUAGAGUUUGAAGAGAGAAAGCGGGCAGCUGAGCAGAAGCAGAAGGCAGAGAACUUCUGGAGAGGAGACACAUCCAGUGACCAGUUAGUGUUGGGGAAGCAAGACAUGGGGUGGCCAUUCCGGGCUGAUGGCCAGGAGGGGCCACUGGGCUGGCUGCUGGGAAACCUGUGGAAUGCUGGCCUCUUCUGCCUUUUUCUCGUCUUUGAGCUCCUGCGACAGAACAUGCAGCAUGAGCCGGCCUUUGAUUCCAGCAGCGAUGAGGAGGAGGAGGAAGUCCGUGUUGUGCCCGUCACCUCCUAUAACUGGCUUACUGACUUCCCCUCGAGGGAGGCCCUGGAAUCCUUUUACAAACACUACGUCCAGAAUGUCACCCGUGAUCUGUCCUGCACCUGCGAAUUCGUAGAGAGCUUUGUGGAUGACCUCAUUGAGGCCUGUCGGGUGCUCAGCCGCCGGGAGGCUCACCCACAGCUGGAGGACUGCCUGGGCAUCGGGGCUGCCUUUGAGAAAUGGGGAACCCUUCACGAGAGUCAGAAAUUUGAUAUCCUGGUGCCCAUUGUCCCUCCGCAGGGCACUAUGUUUGUGCUGGAGAUGAGGGAUCCGACCCUAGGCCGCCGCUGUGGCUCUGUGCUGGUGGAGUCGGAAUGUGUGUGCAAGCGUGAGAAGAUUCUGGGGGACGUGCUGUGCCUGGUGCACCACCACAGGGAUCGCUCGGCUCUCCUAAGCAAGUGUAGCAGCACCAUCAAGGUGGCUCUCUGCACUGGCUCCCACCUGGACGUGUGCAAGACAGUACAGUGGUUCCGGAACAUGAUGGGCAAUGCCUGGGCCCUUGUGGCCCACAAGUAUGACUUUAAGCUCAGCCUCCCACCGUCUACCACCUCCUGCAAGCUCAGGCUGGACUACCGCUCAGGCCGCUUUCUCUCGAUCCACUUGGUUCUGGGGGUGCAAAGGGAAGACACGUUGGUCUACUUGGUGAGUCAGGCUCCUGACCAGGAACAGCUCACCAAUGUGGACUGGCCUGAGUCCUCUGCAGCCUGUGAACACUUGUUCCUGAAGCUGGUAGGGCGUUUUGCUCCGGAGAACACCUGCCACCUCAAGUGCCUCCAGAUCAUUUUAAGUCUCCGGGACCUUCAGAGCUUACCCCAGGGAGCAUCUCGUCCUAUCCUCACCUCUUACCACUUCAAAACGGCCCUCAUGCACCUGUUGCUGCGGCUGCCCCUAACAGACUGGCAGCACAGCAUGCUCUCCCAGCGGCUCCAGGACAUCCUCUGGUUCUUGGGCCGUGGCCUCCAGCAACGGUCCCUCCAUCAUUUCCUCAUUGGUAACACCUUCCUGCCCCUGACCAUCCCGAUCCCUAAGACAUUUCGGAAUGCCGAGCCUGUCAAUCUCUUCCAACACCUAGUGCUAAACCCCAUGGCACACUCACAGGCAGUGGAAGAAUUCCACAACCUUCUGACCCAAGUGAAAACGCUGCCCUGUGCCCCAUUGGCUGGGGCACAUUAAUGUAAAGGCCAUUAAAAAAGGGGAGAAGGUGUUUCUGAUUCCUCAGGCUGCCAAAGAGUUUAUUUUUCAGGACACGUCAGUGGUAUGUGUGAUGUUUACCUUGCCAGUGGGGGGGCUAUGAUAGAUGAAGACACUUUACGGGGUACCCGAAGUGCUCAUAAGGAUGGGAUCCAACCUGUAGGGUCUGAUCUACAGUGUGUCUUCUGAGGUUUUCUUCUCCUGCCUUUUAGCAUGACCCAAAGAGGGCCCAGGGAAACGGGUGUUAUAGGAGGAUCUUGCAGCUAGAGUUGAAAUCCAGAGGCGGCCUGUGAAGUUGUGUUUUGUAUCAACACUGGAAGUGAAAGAGAACCAGAGAAUACCUCCGUCGCAGCUUAUUCCUUUUUGUGAAUGACUCCCAGCAACAUUCCUCGCAACCUGGUUUCCUGGUUGAACUGUUAGUUUAAUUCACAUCCAAGCUGACAGCGCAUCAUUUUAUCCUAAAUACCUGUGAAGGCAAUUGCUCGUAUGUUAGGAUCUAAUUUUUCAGACCCUUCUCUAUUUGAAGACAUAACCAAGAUGUUUGUCUUCCUUUUUCUUAAUUUAGCCCUAUUUUCAUAUAAUAUAUGAAGUAGAAUAUAAUACAGCUGUUUUUAUGAAUCUGAAAGAAAACUCCCACUACUAGCCAAAGAAUUCAUUAGCACUGAUUCACAAAUAUUAAGUCAAUGGUGAUCUAUUUCAUAAUUGUGUAAAUUUAGUAAAUUUAGUGUAUUUACUAAAAUUAAUGACAUAGCCAGCAUCUAACAAGCUUCUCAAGCCUGGAACCAAUGUUAUGAAACCCUUACAGAGGACAGUCUUUUUUUUUUUUGGCGGGGUGGGGGGCGGGUGGCUCUGAGAUGAACAAUUAGUGUUUCUAAAGGGAGCCAUUUGUUUGGUCAAAUGAAAAGGUUUAACCCCCAUGUGUAGCCGUGCUUUUUCUCAGUCUGUUAAUGCCUUUGUAUUCUCUUUUCAAAGAUGACAAAGGGAGUUUUUUGAACUAUGUUUGCAGUUUUGCAAAGCAGGAUCAUCACAAUCCAGGCCCGUUGCCAGGGUCGGACAGGAAGGGACUGUGGAGCAGUCCAGCUCCAACAAAGUCGUGAUUCUGAAGAUACGAUUGGUGGAUUUUUCCCGUCGUUCAAAAACCUGGGCAUCCUGAUGAGGAGGCUUAAGAAAAGUGACUGUAGUUGUGGGUGUGGUUGUUUUGGAAAUAACAAUGCUGUUCCUUCCCUGCAUGCCAGGAAGAUCUGGGGAGGAGAACCUGGCCGCACAUUUAACUCGAUCACAGGGGGGUUUAGAUGCUGGCCUUGUGGGCUUUUGCUGUAUCCACACCCCUCCCAUGGCAAAAUUAAAUUACAAAUUUAUGUCCCAGAAGCUGAUGCGAGUCAAUAUUUGAGGCUCCUACCACACAUUAAUGGCUGUGCUCCCGUGUUAUCUGCUGACACCUGCCAGGUACUGCUUUCAAGCUAAGAUGCAGUGAUGGUUGGUUCCAUGCUCGUUGGGAUUUUGAUGUGUUAGAAACAUCCAUAUUCUUUUUGUUUAGAAAACAAUUUGUGAUGUUUUAGUUCUGAAUCAAUAAAGGAAGUUAUUUUGUGUGUCA